GUAUGUUGUCACUGUUGUGUCGUGAGGCAGCCGUCGUAUUAUAUUAUCAAAACACUGCAUUUAGUGAAACAUUCUAGACUUGCGCUUAUUAAGAGCGCUCCUUAUUUGAGUGUGCUGUGAUUUGCUUGUACAUAAAAACUAAAUAUCAAAAUGGAAUUAACGUUUAAGGGAAAGAGAAUUUUAGUAACCGGCGCUGGACAAGGUAUUGGAAAGGGUAUAGCGAUAGAAUUAUGGCGUGCGGGAGCUAACAUAGUUGCAGUAUCGCGAACUAGGGCUCAUUUGGAGAAGCUGCAAGGAGAAUAUCCGUCCAUUGAUAUCGUGGAGUUGGACGUCGCGGAUUGGGAAAAAACUAGAACUGUUAUAGAUUCUCUUGGUACUUUUGAUGCUCUGGUUAACAAUGCCGCUAUUGCAAUAUGCGAGCCGUUCUUAGAAUGCUCCCCAAAGGAUUUCGACAAGACAUUUGAUGUAAAUGUGAAAGCUGCACUCAAUGUAAGCCAAAUAGUUGCAAAGAAAAUGAUUGAAAAUAACAUCCAAGGGAGCAUUGUUAAUAUUUCUUCCCAGGCCUCUAAGGCUGCCCUUAAAGAUCAUACAAUCUACAGUGCCUCAAAAGCUGCUCUAGAUGCUCUUACCAGAGCCAUGGCCCUGGAACUGGGUCCCAAGGGAAUCAGAGUGAAUGCGGUCAACCCAACGGUCAUCAUGACUGAUAUGGCUAAAGUGGGUUGGUCUGACCCUGCUAAAGCGGCUGAGAUGAAAUCCAAAAUUCCUUUGGGAAGAUUUGGUGAGGUUGGAGAAGUUGUGAAUGCAGUAGUGUUUCUCCUAAGCGACAGGUCCAGUAUGAUAAAUGGUGUUGAAUUGCCUAUUGAUGGUGGAUUCUUGGCCACAUAAGCCCUGAUAAGAUUACCAGUCUUCAGCCAGAUAAUUACAUAAUAUUAGGUACCAAAGAUAUACCUAUUAAGCAAAUAUUUUAUAAUUGUUGCCAUAAUAUUGCAUCGUUUCCUAAAGGCUUGUGAUAAUCAACUAAAGAAGAAAUCAUACAUUAUGUUAGGCAAAUAAGUUUUGGACUAGCAGUUAUGUAGGCAAAUACCAAACUUAUUUCAUAACCAAAUCAACUAUGACCAAAUUUAAAACUGCUUAUCUUAUGAAUCUUAUGAUGUUAUGAAUACAGGUCAAUCAUAUCAUUUGACAUAAGAAUUAAGUGUGAAUUAUUUUUCUUCAGUAACUGACAUACUUGAUAAGUUGAAAACUUUUGUAUUGCAUAAAUAAAAAUGUACCUAAUCUAAUGUUUUUAAUGACAUAAAUAUACCUAUGUCAUAUAUAAUGUUUUGUGUUAAAUCUAACUUCCCAGUUUCCUACUUUUUCAUUUAUUUUUUAUAUACUAAGUGCCUGUCUCAUUUUAAAGAUCUUACGAGUAUAUAGACUUACCAAUAACUAUAACAAUAUGAUAUAACUAUCAUAUAAAAGUAGGCAUAAUACAUAUAUACCUAAGCAAUAAAUGUGUGAAUCAACAGACUGACUGGGACAACACUACAGAGCAAAAUAGUUGAUCCACUCAUAUUAUAAUUUUAUUAGGUAGUCUUAAAUGUGCAAGCUACGGGAUUAUUUUUUCACCUCAGCAGCUCGAACAAGGGUACUUUGC